AUGGAGAAGCUUAGGAAGUUAAGUGGAUUUCGUGGCAGAGGACUGUUGGGGAAAGCCAGACUCUAUUUCACAAGGAAGCCACUGCCAUCUUUGGAAGAAAAGAAGAAGUAUGAUUAUGAAUUUGCAACAUCCACUUCAUUCCACGGGGUGCACAAUAUCGUUCGUACCAAGACCAAGACACGUAAGGCAUUAUGGAUGUUAGUAGUCAUGGGUUCCAUAGUCCUUGUUGUUUGGCAAGUAAGCAGCCGUUUGAUCAAUUAUUUCAGCUGGCCCACCACAACGUCAGUAGUCGUUCAGUAUGUGGAAAACAUUGAGUUUCCUGCUGUAACUUUUUGCAAUCUGAACAGGUUCCAAACCCAAGCAGUAGCUAACCUGGGCAUCAUCUUCUUCCUAUGGAGCAUAGUAUCUGCAGUUCUCCAUAUGUUCAAUAGUGGUGACAAUUCUAACCAAGACCUAAACAGUUUCCUUCAAGGGAAUCAAAACUUCAGCAUCAAAGAAUUCACAAGGAAUAAUGGCUUCUAUCUGAACAGCAGCACACUGCUGGAAUGUGAGUUUUUUGGCCAGCCCUGUUAUCCAGAGGACUUUGAGCAUGCCUUCACUGAAUAUGGAAACUGCUUCACUUUCAAUCAUAUUAACAUUCCUGCAAAAAGAAGAGUGAGCGUAUCUGGAAGGGGCCUGAGUUUGCUUUUUGAUGUCAAGCAGGCAGAGUUCACUGAUGACCCUUCUCUUGGAUUUGUUGAUGCUGGGAUAACCUUUGCUAUCCAUUCACCAAAACAACCUCCUCGAUUUGAUGGGUUAGGUAUAUCCACACCGGUAGGCAUGCAUGCCCAUGCUGCAAUUCAACAAGUGAAGACAAUUAUUCAAGAAUACCCUUGGGGAGAAUGCAACCCAAACAUCAAACUUCAGUACCACAAGAUCUACAGCACCUACGGAUGUCUGCAAGAAUGCAAGGCUCGGCAUAUACAAAAACGAUGUCAAUGCUUACCAUUUAUGCUGCCAGGAAAUGGAACUGAAUGUGACUUGGAAAAAUUUUACAACUGUGUUUCACCUAUGCUGUAUAAAAUGGAACUUAUGGGAUUGUGUUCAGCUGGAACACAUAACUCCACUUGCCCAGUUCCUUGUGAAGAAACCGAUUACCCGACCACUGUUUCCUAUGCAACAUUUGCAAGUGAAAAGGCAUUGAAAUACCUUUCGAUCAAGCUGAAGAAAACACCAGACUAUAUCAGGCACAAUCUUGUAUAUAUUGACAUUAAAUAUCAUGAUCUGAAUUAUAAAAUGACCCAACAGCAGAAAGCAUUGAGUGUAUCUGAGUUGCUUGCUGAUAUUGGCGGGCAACUUGGUUUAUUUUGUGGAGCCAGUAUGAUUACAAUCAUAGAAAUUGUGGAAUAUAUUUUCACCAACUUUUGUUGGAUGUGUGUCUUUCUUCUUCUAAAAGCACCAGAGAUGCCAGACUGGAAUAUUUCAGAUGAGAAUCAACAAACACAGAAAAGGAGAAUACAAGAAUGUUAAAGACUUGUAGAAAGGGACUGGAAAGUAAACCUUCUCUUCUUUAAAUGACAUUAAUUUUGAAGAUAA